AUGAAGACGACACAUACGUAUCCAUUAAAAUUACCACAUGUACCCGCAACAAAACGGGGACGUCAAACUAAUCAAUUACAAUAUAUGUCAAAAGUAAUAUUGAAAAUUUUAUGGAAACAUGAAUUUUCUUGGCCAUUUCAAAAACCUGUUAAUCCAGUUAAACUUAAUUUACCUAAUUAUCAUAAAAUUGUUCGAUAUCCAAUGGAUCUUGGAACAAUUAAAAAACGACUUGAUUCAAAUUAUUAUUAUAGUGUUAAAGAAUGUAUUACAGAUAUAAAUCUAAUGUUUUCAAAUUGUUACUUAUAUAAUAAACCAGGCGAAGAUGUUGUAGUCAUGGGAGCAACACUUGAAAAAAUGUUCUAUGAAAAAUUAGCCGAAAUGCCGUCAGAUGAAGUUGAAAUCAUACCUCAUUCAACAAAACCAUCUGCAGUAAAAAAUAUUGGUGAUGGAAAUUUUACAGUUUCUGUUCCUUCACCAUCAACUCCAAGCGAACCUAUUAAUUCACCAUCACCAUCUUCAUCGAAAGGUCCUGUAAAUAAUUCUCAAUUAAAUGGUACAAAUAUAUUAUCUCGAAAUUUAACAUCAUCAUCAACAAAUCCUAGUGCUAGAACAUCACCAUUUUCUCCAUUAAAUAAUAAUAAUAAUAAUUCAAAUCAUAUUGAUCAAAAUAGUCAAUCAAUGUCACCAAGAUUAUCUGGUGAACAACAAUCAAUGCCUAAUACAACAACAACAUCAAUUUCAAAUAUAGAUUCAUCAAUAUCAAAUUUAAAACGUAAAAGUGAUUUGGAUGAUGAUACAAUAACAAAACGACCAAGUGGUCCAAUAGGAACAUCAAAACGUACGAAAUAUGAUAGUAGUUUAUCAAAUGAUCCAUCAACUAAACGAUCAAAACAUCGUAUGACCGAACAGUUAAAAUUUUGUCAACAUAUUGUUAAAGAUUUAUUACAUAAAAAAAAUAUGGCAUUUGUUUGGCCAUUUUCUAAACCUGUUGAUGUUAAAAAUCUUAAUCUAUCAGAUUAUUAUCAAAUUAUUAAAAAACCAAUGGAUCUUGGUACAGUCAAGAGAAAACUUGAAAAUCGUGAAUAUGCAACAGCUGAUGAAUUUGCUUUUGAUGUACGACUUAUAUUUAGCAAUUGUUAUCUUUAUAAUGGACCACAAACAGAUGUUGUUGCUAUGUGUAAAAAAGUUGAACAAAUGUUUGAAGAUAGAUUUGCUAAAUUACCCGAAGAUUUAUCUACAACACAUAUUGAUAUUGAUCCAUUACCAUCGAAUACACGUAAUAAUAAUGGUUUAUUAACAUCAUCAACAUCAUCAUCAACACGUAAACGUAAACGUCAUUCAUCAAAACAUAAUAGUAGUGCUGGUGGACAUACAUCAUCAAUAAUAACAAGUUCAGAUGAUGGUCAAUCAAGUGAUGAUAGUUCGGAUGAUAUUGAUAAUACUCGAGAAAAUACUUUACAACAAUUAUAUUCUCUUCAAGAACAAGUGAAAGUUAUUGGUAAUACAUUAACAUAUUUAAUUCAACAAACAAAUGAUCGUAUAACAUUACGUUAUAAACGAAAAAUGAAACGAAAUCCAUUUAAAGAUGGUCAUUCUGGUUCAUUACCAUUGACAAGUACAAUAAAUGAAUCAAAUCGUUUACCACAUUUAUCACCAACAAAUUCAUUAUUAUCACCGAAUAUUUUUAAUGCUGUACAAGGAACUUCAAUGAAUCCAAUGCCACAAACAGCUACACGUAAUCCUUCGACUGUAGCUAUGGCAACAAAAAAAACAACACCAUCACUUGCAAGUUUACUUCAAUCGAAUACUUCAAUUACUCCUAAUGGUACUAGUCAAUUUAAUAAUGUACCUUUAGAUCCAUAUAAUUCUGGAGAUAUAAGUCCACCGAAACAAAUGAAAGCAACAAAAAAUACAACAAAUAAAACUAAUGUUAAUAAAGGUUCAGAACAAGCUCGUCGUGGACCAGCAGCUGGUACAACAGGAGUGAAACGAGCACCGAAGAAAAAUACAACAAAUCCUGCUUCAUCAAUGUUUGAUAUUCAAAGUGAAGAAAAUUCUAGACCAAUGACUUAUGAUGAAAAACGUCAAUUAAGUAUUGAUAUUAAUAAUUUACCAAGUGAAAAACUUGGUCCUGUUGUUGAGAUUAUUUAUAAACGAGAACCAUCAUUACGUGAUUCAAGUCGAGAUGAAAUGGAAAUUGAUUUUGAAAUACUUAAACCGUCAACAUUACGUGAAUUAGAAUCAUAUAUUAAUCAUGUCAUGAAAAGAAAACCAAAUAAACAACUGACUACAUCUGGUAAAUGA